AUGAAGGCUGAAGCAUACUAUCCUGGAAGCAAAAACAACAGCCAAGCUCUUCAUUACUUAAAGAGGUUUCAGCCUCAAAAUGACGAGGUAAAACAUAUCAGAGUUUUACUCUACGGACCAGUCGGUGUGGGAAAGUCCAGCUUCAUCAACUCUGUCAACAAUGUCUUCCAAGAGAGAAUGACCCAAAAAGCUUUGACCAGUUCCACAACUGCUGAUAAAAGUUUCACCAAGAAGUAUAAAACCUAUACAAUCAAGAGAGAAGGCAGUGUAAACUAUCCCUUUGUGUUCAACGAUAUCAUGGGUCUGGAGGAUGGAGAUGGAAGAGGAGUCAGAGCUGAUGACCUCAAACUGGCCUUGAUGGGACAUGUGAAGGAGGGUUAUACUUUCAAUCCUAUAUCUUCCCUUUCUCAUGAUGAUUUGUACUACAACUCCUCCCCAUCCAUCAGUGACAGGGUCCAUGUUCUGGUUUGCAUUUAUGAUGCUAAUGCAUCACAGAUGAAGUCUUCUGUUCUACAGAAAAUGAAGGAAAUCAGAGAAGCAGCCAGUGAGCUGGGUAUUCCUCAGUUGGCGAUUCUCAGUCACAUUGAUGAAGCCUGUGGUGAAACUGAAAAAAAUCUGAGAAACGUCUGCAAUAGCAAACAUUUGAUAAAAAAGAUGGGUGACUUCAGCUCCAGCCUGGGGAUUCCAAUGAACUGCAUUCUCCCUGUGAAGAACUACAGUGAAGAGAUUCAGCUCAAUCAGGAUGUUGACACUCUAAUCCUGAGUGCACUGAGACUAAUAAUUGACUUCGGAGACGACUACGCUGCAAAACUAAAGCCAUAGAACAGUCUGUUUGAAUAUACAUAGAAAUCACAGCAGCAUGAUUUGUCCUAUGAUUAAAAUGAAGAGAACAUACUGGUAGAGUGUGUACCCCAUAUAUGUAGGCUAUUAGACCUUGAUACAAACGCAUUAGGAUAUUUUGUAAAGUCGGAUUUGAUUCCCGACAUUUGCAGCAUGUCAUCCAUGCA